UAAGAUGUUGAUCAUCCGACUUGGAGUUUUGUUUUGCAUCUUUGCCCUUGCGGCUAUGAGUGAAGCUGUGAGUACAUCUGGAAGUACAGAAAGUACAGUAAGUACAGUUGUGACUACAACUGCGACUACCGUCCAUGUUUGUCAGCCCAGAGGUGGUUAUUGCCGGAGGCGCGACGAUUGCUGCAAGUCAACGUGUAAUCAAGUGGCUGCAGAAUGUAAUUAAGUUCCGUUCUUCGUUAAAUUAAUAUCUUUCUACAUAAACUACCAUAGUUUAUUUUACAUUUUGAAUAAAUACUUUUAAAACUUUUAAA